UGAUUAACUGAAAACAAGCAAAGAAAGUUAAAAAGCAGCACUGUUGCUCUAAGCUUUAUCUUUCACUAAGUGGAUCUAAGACAGCACUAUGACGGGCAUUUUAUUUCUGCUCUGCAUUAUACAUGUGCUAUCAGUGACUGAAGCUCAGGAGAGAACGUACCUCAUCACGGCACCCAGACUUCUGCGAGUUGAUGCGUCAGAGACUGUAGUGGUGCAGUUGUUUGACUAUGACCAAGAAACCACAGUGAAUCUUUACCUUAAAGACAAUCUGGCCUCUGAAGGCAGAACUUAUGCAUCUCAGACUCUCAACCUCAACGCCAAAAAUAAUUACCAAGCUGCAGCUACUCUACGGAUUUUCUCAAACAUUGAAAAAGAGGUCACUCAUCUCCACCUGCAGGCCAUAUCUAGUUCCUUCACCAAGGACGUAAGAAUCCCAGUCUUUCGCGACAAUGGUUUUCUCUUUAUCCAGACUGAUAAACCACUAUACACACCCGAGCAGCAAGUUGAGGUGCGAGUGUACUCUUUGAACGAGGAGCUGAGAAAGACAAGUAGACCUGUUUUUCUCACAUUCAAGGACCCAGAUGGCAUCAAAGUGGAAGUUAUUGAGAUGAAUGACAUCAUUGGUGUGAAACCAUUGCUUCCACCAUUCAAAAUACCCUUGAAACCUAAGUUUGGGGUCUGGAAAAUCGAGGCAACUUAUGCUACUAACUUCACUACAACUGCUGUGGCUGAAUUCGAGGUCAAAGAAUAUGUAUUACCCAGCAUCUCAGUCCGCAUCCAGCCUGAAGCAAACUAUGUCAGCACAGCAAACUUUGAAGCCUUCAAACUGAAGAUAUUGGCCAAAUAUGUCAGUGGGAAACCAGUCAGCUCAUCAGAUGUCUACAUAAGGUUCGGAUACAUCGAAAAUCAUGAUGUGGUCAUGAUUCCAUCAACAUUAAGAUAUUAUAAGAUGUAUGAUGGUGAAGUGGAGGUUGUGUUAAACAUCAAGCGGGCUCUGUCCAGGCUAGAUUCUGGGCCUCAGGAUCUGUGGGAAAUGAACAACCAUUUCCUCCGUGUGGCUGUUUUGCUAAAAGAGUCUACUGGUGGUAUCUCCCAGGAGGCAGUUAUAUCCAAUGUGAAGUUUGUUCAUUCUCCGUUUACCCUGAGUCUGAUUGCGACUCCUCCUUACAUCAAGCCAUCUUUACCAUACAACAUCAGAGUUUUGGUGAAGGAUCCACUGGGUGAAUCAGUGAGAGGUGUGCCAGUAAAAGCAAGAGCAAUAGUAACUAACAAUAAUAAUGAACAGGAAGAGCUCAAAUUUCAGGGACAUCAAAAUGAAAUCACACAGACAUCCAAAAAUGAUGGUGUUGCAUAUUUUGUUUGCAAUAUUCCACAUAAUGCUGAAAGAGCUGAAUUUACUUUUGAGACAGAUGAUCAUAAAUAUCCAUCAGUGAGCCAGGCUCAACUUAAACUCAGCACCGUGACCUACAAGUCUCUCAAUCACCGCUAUCUGUAUAUCAAUUUACCUUCCCAUGCCUCAGAUUUUGAGGUAGACGACUAUGCCAAUAUCAACAUCAACUUUUACUAUCGUGACUAUCUUCCACUGAAGACCUUCAGUUACCAGAUCAUUUCAAAGGGGAAAGUGGUAAAGUUUGCCACAGUGCAGCGGGUAACUGAUAAUGUCCAGAGCAUCAACUUUAAGGUGACGUCUAACAUGGUGCCAUCUGCCCGCCUGCUAGUCUAUUACAUCCUUUCUGGAGAGCAGAGAGCUGAAUUGGUUGCAGACUCUGUGUGGUUCAGUGUCAAGGCCAAAUGUGUCAAUAAUUUAGAGGUGAACCUGGCAGCUCGAGGUAGGGACUACAAACCUAAAGACAAGCUUACAAUGUCAGUAAAGACUAAGAGUGCAAAUGAAAAGUCCCUGGUGGCACUGUCAGCUGUAGACACGGCCCUGUACAACCUCAGAGCCAAUGAUAAAGACCCACUAAACAAGGUACUGCAGCAAUUUGAGCACAGUGACCUGGGCUGUGGAGGAGGAGGAGGCCGAAAUAAUGCUGACGUCUUCAGCCGUACUGGACUGACAUUUCUUACAAAUGCAAAUGUUGAGGCUUUCGAUACAGAUGAUACCUGCACAGCUGUGGUCAGACCCAAACGCUCCACUCUUUCAGUCACGGAGAUGCAAGAAUAUGCCAAUAAAUACAAUUAUUAUAAACCAUGCUGCCUGAAGGGAAUGAACACCAGCCUGGCUCUAGACACCUGCCUGUCUGCAACCAAGAAACUUUCAACUCAACACAAACAGUGCAAGGCAGCUUUCUUAGACUGCUGUAAAUUUGCUGAAAAGCAUAACCAAGAAAAUCGGGGUCCGGUCCUUCCUCAUUAUCCAGUCGAGAAGUUGCCUGCUGUCCAGACAGAGCGCUCCAAUCUCUCUCUGAAUGAAAGAUUUGAGGAAUAUGCCAAAAAAUAUGAUGAAUAUAAAUCAUGCUGCCUGCUGGGAACUAACAGUAGUGUGCGUCAGGAGAGCUGCUGGGAUCGUAGCAGUAAAUUACAAAACGAUGAUGAAAUGUGUCAGAUAGCUUUCCAUGAAUGCUGCAUCUUUGCUGAAAAUCAUCGGAAAGAAGAUGAGAGUAUGGUCACUCUUGGUCAUUCAGGGUUCCAAGUUGACACCCCUUUGACUGAUGUCUGGAAAAAGCGCUCCGCUCUCUCUCUGAAUGAAAAGUUGGAGGAAAAUGAGUUUGAAUCUGACACGCCCUGGACUGCUGUCCGGAAAAAGCGCUCUGCUCUCCCUCUGAAUGAAUUGUUAGAGGAAAAUGCUAAAAAAUACGGACAUUUUAAACCAUGUUGCCUGGAAGGAACUGACAGUAGCCCAACUCUGGAGACCUGCGUGGAUCGUGCCCGGAAAUUACAAACCCCUCACAGACCCUGUAAGAUAGCAUUCCGUGAAUGUUGCAGCUUUGCUGAAAAGCUUCGGAAAGAAAGUGUCGGUGUCACCCUUGCUCGUUCAGAAAUAGAGUUUCUGCUUGAUGUGAAGACAGAGCAGGUCCGCAGCUACUUUCCAGAGAGCUGGUUGUGGGAAGAACAUGAAACUGAGAGGUCUGGAUGGGUACAAGUCACUAAAGGUCUUCCUGAUUCCCUGACUACAUGGGAGGUCAGAGCUGUUGGGGUGUUCAACAAUGGAAUAUGUGUCGCAGAUCCCCUGCAAGUAUCAGUUCAGCAGGCAGUGAGUGUAGAUGUGCCGCUGCCUUACUCUAUGGUGCGUGGGGAGCACAUCGAGCUCAAGGGCUCCGUCUACAAUGAGUAUGAUGCAGAUACACCAUACAGUGUAACUUUGUCGGCAUCAGAGGGUGUGUGUGUGUUUGGUGGAACUCUUCUGACAGAUGAAGGUUACCGACAAUUUAACAAAGGCACGAUUGAGGGCCAUUCUGUGGCACUUGUCCAGUUCUUCAUCAUGGCAUUAGAAGUGGGGAGUCAUAAACUCAGCUUCACUCUUACAACCAGGUGGGGAAGUGAGACGGUGAUCAAGACACUAAGAGUAGUGCCAGAGGGCAUUAGGAAGGAAAUAUUUGUUGGAAACAGGAUUGAUCCAAAUGGCAUCUAUGGCACACCUGUGACACGUAUUGAGCUCAGAAACUCCCUUCCUCCAAAGAUUGUGCCCAAGUCCACUGUGGAACGUCUGCUAACGGUAAACGGUGAGGUGCUGGGAGAGUUACUGUCUAUCGUUAUAAACCCGAAAGGGAUCAUGCAGUUGACUAGCCUGCCCAGAGGCUCUGGAGAGGUGGAGCUUAUGGGUCUUCUUCCCAUCUUCUUUGUUUAUGAUUAUAUUGAGCAGUCUGAACAGUGGGGAAAGAUAAGCGAAUUUGGAAACAGCAUUCUUCUAAAGAGAAAGCUAAAAGAGGGUAUCACCAGUGUUAUGUCAUUUAAGGCAAAGCUGGAGAACAGUUUCAGCAUAUGGAAGAACAAAGGACCGAGCACAUGGCUGACUGCUCUGGUGGUGAAGACUCUGGCUUCUGUGGACAAAUAUGUCACAGUGGAUCACGAUGUGCUGUCCGGUACUGUCCGCUGGCUGAUUACGAAGUGUCAGAACCCAGAUGGCUCCUUUAGUGAGAUAUCCAGCUACAAGCCUAUCAAGCUCAUGGGUGCAGGAGCAGAUGUCACUGAACAGUCUGUGUUUCUCACAUCGUUUGUAGUAAUUGGGAUCAAAAAUGCCUUGACAGUUCCCAAGUCCAACUUACAGACGUAUGCACAUGCUGUGGAGAAGGCGACACACUACUUGUCCUUACAAGCGACAAAGGUGAAAAGUUUAUAUGUGAGAGCCAUAGCAGCGUACGCCCUGACGCUUGUUGACCUCAACAGCCGACAUGCAGUCGCACUCUAUAAUCAGCUUAAAAAAGAGUCAAAAAUUAAAGGAAACCCAGUAACUGUCCGCUUUUGGGAGGAGAACGAGGCCCCUCGGGACCCACUAAAGCCAAACAGGGCCUCUGCACUGUCAGUGGAGACCACUGUCUAUAUGCUGCUCAACACUUUACUCAGAGGAGACACAACAUAUGCCAAGCCGAUCAUCCAGUGGCUCACUGAUGAUCAGCGAUAUGGAGGAGGUUUCCACUCAACUCAGGACUCUCUUCUAACACUGGAGGCCUUGACCAAGUACAGUAUCUUAGCUCGUAGAGCCACUUUACAAAUGGAGGUUGACGUGACAUACCGGAAGAAAGGCAGUAUCGGCCGUGUUAUUCUGAUGCAGAGUAACCCUGUGGGCAAACCCCUUAAGGUAGAACAUGCUGAUGAUGUUAUACUGAAAACAGGAUACAGCACAGGGGUGUCAUUUGCUAAUUUGAGAACAGUGUAUUAUGAAACGACAGAAAACAACGAUAAUUGCAACUUUGACAUAGCAAUAGAUGUUCAUCCCCGAAACCCAAAUUCAAGAGAUCCUAUUCUUCUCUCACCGCGGAUAGUUGCCUGUGCCAAAUAUAAGCCACAUAAAAAUGAGGUUGAGACUGAGGCAGGUCACACAGUCAUGGAAAUUAAUCUGCCCACUGGUGUGAGCCCAAUCCAAGAGGACCUAAAAAGGUUUAGGGAUGGACUCGAGAGUCGUAUUUCUGACUAUGAAAUAACAGACAACCAAGUGAUUCUCCAGAUAGAUUCCAUACCCUCAGAGGAGUUCUUCUGUGUGGGCUUCCGUAUUCAGGAGGUGUUUAGAACUGGCAUGAACAGUGCUUCUGUCUUCAAAGUGUAUGAGUAUCAUGAUCCAGACAGUCAGUGUACAAGGUUCUACUACAGUCAGAGCCGCAGGCUUCUCCGUCUCUGUGAUGGAGAUCAGUGUCAGUGCAUGGCAGCUGAAUGUUGCAACGUCAAGGCCAGCAUUGACCCUACUCUUACUGUUGAACAGAAAAUACGUGACGUGUGCAAAGGCAACAUCAAAUAUGUUUUAAAAGUGAAAAUAACAUCAGCUGAAGCAGAAGGUGAUUUUCUGACAUACAACGCAAAUGUGGAAUCCGUCAUUGAAAAAGGGUCAUUAGACAUUACGAGGUCAGGUGCAUCUGAGGUCAGCUUUGUAAAGAAGGCAACUUGCACCUCAUCAAAUCUGGAAAUUGGCAAGCAGUACCUGAUUAUGGGCGCAGAGAUCAUGCAGCUUCGAGUAAACCGAAGUUACAGGUACAAGUUUCCACUGGACUCUCAAGCUUCUGUGGAGUGGUGGCCCUCGGAUUCCGACUGCCAAACUAGCUCUUGCAAACAAUAUACCAAUGUUUUAAGUAAUUUUGAAUUUGAUUAUCUUACUAGCGGCUGCCUUUAGAGUGGCUGCUCUACAUUUAUAACAUCUGUAUUUUCAUUUAUUCUGGAACACUGUGGAAUUUGUUUAAGAUAUGUAUAUUUCCAUAUACAACCUCUCAUAACAAUGCCUGUAAGGGCUAUUGAAAUUAUAUUACAUAUAAUUUAUGCAUAAUUUGCACAUUACAUAUAAAAUCUAAUCUAUAAGAUCUACACAGUUAUUGGAACAACAUUAACAUCAUAAACAAGACCAGGGCAUAUCAUUGUGAAGCUAGCUAACAUUUUAAUGCAAAUUUGACUUAACUAGCCCUUUUAACCUGUUGGAGCACCAUAAACCUAAUUCAUCAGAACAUGACAGAAAAUAUCACACAGAUUUUCUUGUCGUUUCUCUUGUAAGCCAGUUAUGUCAGGCUUUUGACUUCAAGUCUUUUCAAGUGUUAUGACAGAUACCUGCAUACUGCCUGUCAAGCGAAAUCAGGUGUAUACUGUUCCUACUUGUUAUUUCUGACCUCCACAAAUUUGGUCCACAAGUGACUGAAUUUGAAAAAUUGCUUGAACAACUAUACAGGCUAACUAAGAAAACACAUCAGGUUUUGUGAUUAUUCCACAUACACAAAGGUGGAAACACACAAUUUUAUAGGAUGUCUUUGUAUGCUGUAGCAUUAAGAUUUCCUUUCACUGGUACUAAGGGGCCCAAACCUGUUCCAGCAAGACAAUCCCCCUGUGCACAAAGCAAGCUCCAUAAAGGCAUGGUUUACCAAACUUACAAAUUUGUAUAUUUUAAAAGUUCAAGGUACAAAUUUAUUCCUGACCUGCACUGUACUUUCCAAUAUUUUCAUUUUUGUGUCUUGUUUUUUCCUGGUCCAAUUAGGCCACCAGCCCUUUCAGUCCAAUGUCCAUACAACUUAAAAUGUAAAAAUACACAGUGACAACACCUGCCACUAUUAUCAGCCAGGCUAAGAGUCUAACACUACUCAUUCAUAUUUUGCCAUUAUACCAUAGGCACUGUUGAAUUCUCAAUUCUGAUUAUUCAGAUCACAGCUUUAUAUUAAUGUAUCUGUUCCAAUAUGUUAACAUUUCUGUAGUAACAGAUAAAUAACAGGGACUUGUAUGGUGGAGGUGCCACAUAAUCUAAACCUAAUAAUAAUUAUUUAAAAAAAAAAGCAAAAAUAUAUAACAGUACAUAUAAUGUACGAUUUCCAUAAGAAAAUGUUUAUUUGCCUUUAUGGAAGGAGUCACCAGUAUCAGCACUUUACAGUAACAGUCGGAGGUAAAGCUUCACAGGGGGGUCUUCAUGAUGGAAGGUUUUGUGAUUUUUGCAGUAAAAUGAUGAGCUGUUUAACUUUCUGUUAACUUCUAAAAAGUUAAAGUAAAAAAGUGGCUAGUAAGCAACUGUUUAUAACUUUUACCAUAACUGAUAACAGGAAGGAACUUGUUUCCUGGAUCUUCUACAAGAUUACAUAUAACUAUAAAAGGAUAUCUUUCUUUAAUAAAUAAUUCUUCUUCAAUAAAGAAUGAUGUGGUAUAAGAGGAAUAAAACACUUCAGGGUGGUAACAAUAACUAUGCUUUACACUGGGCCAUGGCACACCACCCUGUUGUUGAUUUUUUUUUUUUCCCUAUAAUAGCAUGCAUCAAAGUGUUUUAUUACUUACAUAUCAAAUUCAUCAGGACAUCAUUCUCAAAUGUUCUCUACUGCUUAAUGUGCAGGCACUCGAGCUAGAAUACUAUUGUGUGACGCCAUGUAAUACGCUAUUUGUUUCUCAAGUAUUUUCCUUAGAGUUUCUUACUAUUACGCAUGUACACAUUCCUACUUGCUCAAAUAAAAAUCUGUUCCUUCCCAUUUAUUUUCA